AGUAUCUCCCUGCUAGACGCGAAAGGAUAUUGUCGAUUUGUUUGUCAUGCUAGCAAAUUUUUAAUUAGCUUUGACGCGUUGAAUAGCAUAAUAUUCAGACAAGCGGCAAGUAUGUGGGUAUUUGCCGACAAUAAUAGCCACGCAAACUAACUUUCUGACGACAGACGGUGGUAAAUGAAUGUAAAAGUUAAGUUAUCCACCGAGCCGCCAGCGUUUUAAAAUCAUGACGGAUGCUAAUGAGUUGGAUGAAACAAUCAUGCGGGAGAUGAGUAAUGUGGUCGUCUCUGAUACUGGUGAAAUUACAGAAGAGCAGGAGAGCUUUUCAUUUUACGAAGAGACGGUCUCCGAUGAUAUUCCACCAUCUCUGCUGAGCUACUUUGAAACCUCUAAAAGCAGAGCAGCAGUCUGUGAGACGCUCAUCCUUGAGGAACUUGAAGACACGAUGAACCUGGCUACUGAAUUCAGUAAGGACAUAAUGGAACUGAAUAAGCAGGUCACUUGUGAAACAGAAAAUGAGGAAAACAACUUUUCCACUGACACUCAUCUCCUGCCUCCACCCACAGAGACAGAAGCACUUUUCACUCACAAUGUGUCAGUGUGUCCAAACAAUGAAGAUGAGGCUGGAACAAAUGAAUAUAUGGGGAGUGAGAAGUAUCUGGAAAUUGAAGUGAGAACCCUUAAGAGCUCAAUGAAUGGAGAGGUAAUAAAGAAAAGCAGUGAGUACCAGAGAGAACACAGAGAGAAACAACACUGUGAGGAGAUGAAGAAAGAGGAGCAGAGGAGACAGAGAGAAAGAGACUUCCAGGAGGAGCUGAAGAAGAUAAUGGAGGCAGAGAAGCUACAUCAGAAAGAAUUUGAGUUGAUGGAGAAGAGAGCUCAGGAAAAACUUGAACAGGAGUUUCUGCUUCAGCAGGAGCUUAUCAGCAACUUACAGAAACGAGUGGAGGAAGAGAGGAGGAUGAGGGAGGAGGAGCAGAAGAGGAUAAGGGAAGAGCGGGAGAGGAAACGGAAGGAGGAGGAAGAGAAGAGGAAGAGGGAAGAGGAGAACAGGAGGAAAAGGGAAGAGGAGAGAAUUAAGAGAGAGAUAGAGAGGAAAAGGAAGGAGGAGGAAGAGAAGAGGAAGAGGGAAGAGGAAGACAGGAAAAGGGAAGAGGAGAGAAUUAAAAGAGAGAUGGAGAGGAAAAAGAUGGAGGAGGAGAAGAGGAGGAAAGAGGAAGAGGAAAAGAGAAAAAUAGAGGAAAUGAGACUCAAAGAAGAGCAAAGAAGAAAGAAGGAAGAUGAGCAGAGGAAGAAGGAGGAAGAGGAAAAGAAGAGGAGGAAAAGAGAAGAGGACAAAAAGAAGAUAGAGGAAGAGAUGAGGAAGAAGGAGGAAGAGAGAAAAGUAAAAGAAAUACAAUUUAAGGAAGAGGAGAAGAGGAGACAGGUGGAAGAGGAGGAGAGAAAAAGGAAGGAAAAUGAAGAGAAAAUAAAGGAGAAGGAUACGAAUAGGAAAAGGGUGGAGGAGGAGGAAACAAGGAAAAGGGAAAAAAUGAUAGAGGUGGCAAGGAAGAAGAUGGAGAAAGACAAAAGGAGAAAAAAUGAAGAAGAAAUGGGACUUGAGGAGGAGGGGAGAAACAGUGAUGAGGAAGAUGACAGAGGAGAGGAAGAGGUGAGGAUGAAGCAGAAGGAGAUGAGGAAGGAGGAAAGUGAGGAGGAAACAAGAAAGGUAGAGAUAGAGAAGAAGAUAAUGGCUGAACAGACGAAGAGAAAGGAAGAGGAAAAUAGAGAAAUAGAAGAACUACAACUCAAGGAAGAUGAAGAAAAGAGAAAGAAGGAUGAGGAGAGGAGACAUAGCAUAGAAUGUAAAGAUAUGACCAUGACGGAAGAAGAGAAAAAAACAAAUGAGUGUGGAAAAUGGCAGAAGAAAGAAAUGACUGGACAGAAAGAAGAACACAGUAAUGUACAAGAAGAAAUAAGACUCAAAAAAACAAAGGAUAAAGAAAAGAGGCAGGAAGAGGUGAAGAGACAGCAAGAGAAGGAUGAUAUGACAAAAAGGGAGGAUGGGAGAAGAAAUAUAGAGCCUGACAAGAAGCAGAUUAAGGAAGAUAUGAGAAAAAGCAAAGAAAACAUAAAAGCAGAAGAAAGAAGACUCAAAGAAGAGGAGGAAAGUAACAAAAUUAUAGCACAGGUUACCAAAGAGGAGGACAGGCUGAUGAGAGCAAAUGAGCUGCAAGAGAAGGAAAAAGAAAAUGACAGCAUGAAAGCUCAAAAUAAGAGCAAGAAUAUGGAGAACAACAGAAACUCCCUAACCUCACAACUAGAGGACAGCACUACCCAGACCUCCUCAAACCCUGGUCCUUCACACAGUGAGUCCACAGUCAUUCCCACCAGCUCUGAAACUGUACAACAACAUGACCUAAACAAGGACAUUAGCCAGACCUCUAUAUAUAAAACUAUGGACCUACAAGAUGCAGCAGUAAAGCUUUGCACCUCUUUCAGCUCUUUACCAGUGUGUCUACCAGAGCACACAGAGCAGAAGAGACUGUCCUGGAUGAAAGACUGCAUCUCGUGGUCCAAACUGUCUCUCCAGAACAAGAGGAAGCAAAAAGGAUGUAUUCGGAGUCGAAGAGGACUGAAGAGGGCUGCUGAGGCCAGCAGCCUGCCACCUCUCUGCCCACACACUCUGCUUCAGUCCAUAGGCUGUAAAUCUCUGCAAGAGGUAACCACAGUGACCCUGGAGGACUUGCCUGGCUGUAGCUUAUCCACUCUUGCUCAGUGUACUCGCCUUCAGUCCCUCACCCUGAUACGCUGUGGCCUCAAAUCCUUGGAAGGCGUCAGUCAGUUACCACAGCUUUGCUACAUUGAUGUGCAGGAAAAUGACAUCUCAUUUGUGGACUGUGAAAACAUGACCAGUUUACGAGUUCUGCGACUAGGCCACAACAAGUUAACAUCCAUCCAUGGUUUAAGUGGUGUUGAGAACCUGAAUGUUCUAGACCUCUCAUAUAACUCCAUCACCCGCAUUGCUGGUCUGGAGUUUAUGAGGAGACUGCAGAGGUUGUCAGUGGAUCACAACCAGCUGAUCAGCACCAGAGGACUGAGGGACGUAUACACCCUCCUUCACCUGGACUGCUCACACAACCACCUGGCAAGUGUAGAAGGUCUGGAGAACAGUGCUCUGCUCCAGACACUGGACCUAAGAGCCAACAGUCUCACUGAGCCCCCGAGUCUUAACAACCACAUCCUCCUCAGAGAGCUGCAUCUGGACGACAACAGCAUCUCCUCACUGCAGGGCCUCAUUGCCUGCUGGCUUCCCCUCAUGCACCACUUCUCGGUAGCUCAAAACAGAAUUACCCUCCUGCCCUCCAUGUCUGAUUUUGUGUCCCUUGCAAAUCUGGAUCUUCGAUUCAACUGCAUCUCAGAACUACAGAACAUGUGUGAGAGUCUGGAGGGUUGUCAGUUCCUGCGAGAGGUCCACCUCACUGGGAAUCCUCUUCAGCAGGAAAGUGGCUGGAGAUCCACUGUGCAGAAAGCAGUAGCUGGCCUGAGAGCCAUUGAUGGUCAGGAGACAGACUCCUUUCAGUCAGCCCCUGCUGUUCAACAGGUCAGCUUGGCCUCAGGCGGCUUCCUAACAUUUUGUCAGGCUCAGCUGAAGCAGACUCGUGAUUUACAGCUGCAGCACAGCAGGGAGCUCAGUAAUGCCUCAUCUCAGCUGGAUGCUGUGAAAAGUUCCUGCAGGCACUUUGCUGAGACUCUGAAGCUGGCUGAGGAACAGAGAUUUGCCCAGGAAUAUGGAGACACAUCUGUGUCUCCAGGCCAAACAACGCCUGAGAAAGCACUGGAAAGGGACCGUGCCAGCGCUGAAAAGUUUGCUGAGCACUCAGAAACGCAGUCCACUGAAAAAGUUCCACCAGUCAUUCCAAGCAGGAACAAUAUCAGCUGCAGCUAUGGGACUUUGGAGACUGCAGAGAGUUGGCAUGACACAUUAAACACUGUUACAACAGUUCUAAACCCAAGCCUUCACUCUUUUGCAACAAAGGGAAAAUCAUCUUCCUCCCAUCUUGACCUGGCACCUGUGUCUAACCAUCAAGCCCUGGAUCUUAAAAACACAGCAGCAGUUGUGAUUCAGCAGCGGUGGAGGAAGUACAGGCAGAAAUGUGGGAACAUCAGCAGCCCCCCCACAGCUGAGAGGGGAGGGGAAAGAGGAGGAGAUGAAGGAAAGCCAGAGUCAGGACCUUCCUAUAUUAACAGGAGUGCUGUUCACCGAGAUUAUGCAGCGACUAUCAUCCAGGCAUUCUGGAGGGGCUUCGCUCUGAGGAGGAGGCUCGCAUCUGCUCUUGCUGCUGUCACAUGCCCUGACAGUGGAGAGGACGAAACCUUUGAGGAGGUGGACAUGGAUGAAUUUGUCUUUGAUGAGGCAGCAUUGGAGAAACACUGGACAUUGCUGCUCUCUGAAGACUCUCCUCCCAGACAUCACUUUGUGUCAGAACAGGCACCAUCUCUGAAGCCUCCUGGGCCGUUCCCUGAACCCCCUCAGUACACACUCCCACCACCACCUUCAUGGAGGCCAAAGCAGGCCUGGAUGGCUGGAGAACAGGUGGACCCCGCUGGGCAGAGAAUUUCCCCUGAGAGCAGAGGCAAAUCUCCUGCUUCAACCUCAGUCCUCAGUGGUGUCUCUUCAAGAUCAGAAAAGAUUCUGGAAGAAUGGGGCUUCACUGACAGCCACACAGCUCUACUGAUGCUCAAGAGAGCUCAGAAGAUGAAGUCAAAAAAGCAAGAGCAGAAGAAACUAAGGGAUCCCUCUGUUCGCCUUGCCUUUACUAGAAAUUGCAAUUACCAGCGGGGUCCAGUGGAGGCACGAAACAGGCCUGCACCACACAACAGAAAUUAUAUGAAAGUGUGUGGGGCUGAGCUGGGCCUUCAGCAGGCAGAGAAGACGGAGCAAGUGAAGCAAGAACAAGCUCAGCAGUGGCUGCACACCCAGUCUGACAGGGAUUCGGAAAGCGAGCAUUUCUUACCAGAGAUCAGCUCAGACAUUCUGAACGGAGGCAGAGUGCAGCUAGUGGCUGACCCAGGGUACACAGAACGUCUACAUCACGCCAGUGGAUUGUGGGCCAACAGCAGUUUAGCUGCCCAGCCCUGCAAAGAGAGACAUUAUCCUCGCAGAAACUCUUUGGGUCAUGCAAGGAAAGAGCUUCCAUCUCCUAAGCGGGUCACGUCUGCACCGUCAAAAAAAGAGCGCAUCUCCUUCCGAGACAACCCUGUCCAGUUGAGCGGUGGCUGGGGAGGGGGCAAGAAGAGAGACAAAGUGCACAAGUAAAACACAAACUCCUCUACCACAACACAGUUUUUCCUGCCCUGACUCAACACUGCUUGAGGCAGAUACAAUUGUGUUUUAUUUUUAUAACCCUGAUACAUCUACCCUCAAAAUAUCCAGCAUUUUCAAAAUAUCUCUCGCGAAAUCACACAAAUUUGAUGCCCUAAGAUAUUAAAUAAACCUUUUUUUGGAGGUUAGCCAUCGUCAGUGUGAAGUGGCUAUUUCUUUCUUCCAUGAAGAUGACUUUUUUAGUUUUAUUUUUAAUGCUAUUUUAUCACCUGCAACGAAUCCCCUUGCAGCUGUUCUUUUUAAACUCAGCUGAAAACUUGGGCUCUCGCUCCUGAAAAUUAAUUAAGACCAAUAAGGCCUAGACCAGCCCAAAUAUCCUGAGGCAGGUCUAUUAUGUUGAUUCUGCUCAAGUAUCAGUACCUGAACAUGAUCGCAGCCAACCAGCACCAAAACACAUGGAGCAAAGUCACAAACCUUCAGCAAAUGACACGCUUCGUAUGCAAAUACCGGCAGGAAAUAAAAACCAGGACCUGUCAUACCUGUGGAUUCAUGUUUCUCAACAUGCUGAACUGUUAUUUCUGCACUGAUGCAGUCUCCUGACAGAAAAUACAGUAAAUAUAGUUUGCAACCAUGGGAAGAGAUGUGCUUUUUCCACUUUUCCUGAUCUGAGUAAAGUUUAAUAAAGCCCAGACAUUUAAGUGCAAUUUCCCCAUUCUGUGGAUAUAUUUAGCUCCUGCUCACCAACAGUGGGCUUGAAAUUACUGCUUUUAUGAGCCGAGAACAAACAUUGGUGUUAGAAUUAGAAGCCUGUUUUCUUUAUUUUCAGUCGUGGAUUAUAAUGACCUUGUCUGUGUAUUUGAAUUUGGAGAGCUAAGGCGUCCGUUCACAAACACUGCCCUACCGGAGGCGGUGAACCUCAGGCUUGGAGGUUCCUCGCUGGUCCGCUGCCUGGAAAUGAUAACUUAAUGAAUGUCAAAACAAAUAGUCAGAACUGCAGAGUGGCUCCCUGGCAGGAAAUGCAUGUCUCUCUAUUUAUUAUCCUUCUAUCUUUCACUUACACAUGUCUGGAGGGUGUGUUUUGACUGUACACGAGCUGAUGGGGAUUUUUGUCUUGGAGUGGCGCAUGCCAGAGAUGUGGUGGUCUUGCCCACUUGGGGGCUGUUGUGAAACCCAAGAGCACCGUCCUCCUUCAUGGGGAGACUGAUUCGUCAAGCCCCCUGGGGGACACCGAGGGGGUGCUUUUCUGUCAUCAAACUGUCAUUAUACAGCUGGAAAGUUAGGAUUUUUCUUGCACGUCCAACAUUAUCAGACAGGUGACAUAAAACUACUUUAUAUGCAUAUCUGUCACAAGUUUUGUUUUGUUUGACACAAGUUCAGAUUUGCCAGGCUUUUAGACUUCUUCUCCUCUCUUCUUCUCUAACGUCUGAAAUUAUAUUGUUAAGCCAUCGUCCACCAGCCUUCAUUAGAUUUGUUUACUUUUGGGUUAUGGGUAAAUUAUAUGUAACCUAAGACAUCCAAAAUCCAUUGCCUGGUGAAAUGAGUGCUUCACCACACAUUUAGAUAAGAUGAAGAAUGUCCCUCUCAGCCCAGACUGCUCUGCCAGCCUGACCUCAAGUCAGCAAAUGUUGUCAGAUGGAGUCUGGCAGAGAGAGUUUUUGUAUCCACAUCGCUCCAAGUGCUGUCUUCAGAUGCAUUAAAGGACAGUAACACUGUUUUUGCAGGUUUUAGCUACAAAUCCUGCAUACUGUACAUUUUCCGCUGACCAUUUCUGAACGCAUACUGCACGUUUUUUGAUAUUUUAUAAACAAACAAUUUCUACAUGUUUGAAAAUUAGUAAACAGACCCAUGACGCUUGCUUGAGUUGUGCAAUUAAUCACAAAUCUGCUUACAUUUUUUCAAUGUUGUACUAUCUUUACAGCAAUAAUGUUACUAUGGCAAAAAUGAACACAGACUGACUGUAAAUGAUCAGCAGACUGAAACAUACUAAAACAUACUACAAUUUCUAAAUUACAACAUGACUUGAAUGAAAAGAUUAGCUGUGAUGUAAAGUAAAAAAUAUUUUUAAUAAAUGGGCAUAUGGUUUCUCUUGGUCACACUAGUGACG